UUAGCUGAUUAGCCAGAAUCUUUCAACUUCAGUAUCUGGGCAUGAAUAAUAAAUGUCUAAAUAAUCCUAGUACGACACCGCUGUUUCUCGCCUGAAGCCUAGAACGGACCACUUCAUCCAUCCACUUUGACAAAUCUCAAACCAACAAUCUCAAAGUUCUUAUGCUCACCUCAUUCGACAUAAGCAUUCAACAAUUACUAUAAAGUCGCCUUGAAAGAGACCAAAUGUCUAAUUUAUAAUUGAACAACAACUUACCAUGUCGGCUCCUACUUCCCCGCACUUUAGAAGCUCAGAUUCGCCAUCCCCCAAAUCUCCCCUUUCACCAAAUAUUUCUGCGCCAACAAAUUCGGACUAUUUUUCUUCUCGAAAGCUUAGAUCUAUCACAGAGCAUGUCCAAUAUGAUCAUCCGCCUAACCAACGGGUAAACUCGAUGUCGAGCAUAUCCUUCAGAGGGGGUUCGAGAGGUCCGCGGCCCUUGAAAGACGGGAAGGGAGGUAAAGGAAAGAAGACGCUGACUCGUCCUCGUCUGAGGGGCUCGAGUCCACCUCCUCCACCAAAGUUUAAAGGAAAAGUCUCAUUCGAUAGCAUUGGAUCGCUAUCAGAAGACACAGAGAGGAAUACAAGAAGUUACACUCAGAACUCUAAACAUGAAGGAUAUCAAUACAAACGAUCCUCGAGGACUUUCAUGGUCGGCAUAGACGAGAAUUCCUAUUCGGAUAUCGCUUUACAAUGGAUGCUAGAGGAGCUCGUCGACGAUGGAGACCAAAUUAUCUGCUUAAGGGUUGUUGAUAAAGAUUCGAAGUUGAUCACUGACAGAGCCCUGGAGAUCAAGCAAUAUCAGCAGGAUGCGAGAGAACUACUAGAUGCGAUACAAAAGAAGAACGAUGAUAAUAAAGCUGUCAGUAUUGUACUGGAGUAUGCCAUAGGCAAAGUCCAUACAACUUUUCAAAAGAUGAUCCAAAUUUACGAACCUGCAAUGCUCAUCGUUGGAACUCGGGGGCGAAGUCUUGGGGGGUUCCAAGGUUUGAUGGGAAACAGAAACUCGUUCUCAAAAUGGUGCUUGCAGUAUUCGCCCAUACCAGUCGUUGUCGUAAGACCCACGGAUAAAAGGUUAAAGAAGAAGCAAAAACGAGAUGCAGAUCCGGCACGUCAAAGUUACACUCGCAUUUUACAAGAGAGUGGGGUUAGCGGACAUGAAACGUCAAUCGUUGCAAGCAAUCUCGAGAGUGCAACUGGUCCCCUUAUUGAAGCGCACGCGGUAGCAGCUGCUCUUGGUUUACCAGCGGAAUUUGAUCCCACAUUGACGCCAUUUACCCUUGAAGGCAGCCGACCUCUCAAAAAGACAGAUUCCGGUAAGAGCGAAGCGACAAGCACCAGUGGGUUUGAUUCUCGACCUCAGAGUCCGGAGAUGAUUGUGAAGAGUCCUAGAUCUGCACAGCUUGAUAGUCCCAUCAUGAGCGGGGAUGAUUCUAGUGAGGGAGAAGGGGAUGAUGAUGAAGGAGAAUUCGAGGCAGUGCCUGGACACUUGUUACUUGGCAACGACGAUAUCCCUCAGCCAAACCCAGAAAUUGAGAAGAAGAAAAAGCUUCAUGAGAUGGAGCUCGAAGAGGCAAAAGCUCUAGGCCGAAAAUCUUCUACUGGCUCUACUGACAGCGUUGAUCCAGAUGGUAGAGGCGAGGGGAAUCGACUAGCCGGCCCGGGCGAAUCUUUAUACGGAAUAUCGAAUGGCGAAUAUCACUCUUACGAAAAUGCUCUGUUAUUGAUACCUUCCUUUAUUUAGCUUAAGUUAAUUUGCUGACUUUUGGAAUUGCUCGCACUCGGGCCAAGCUUGUAUUGGGUAAGUGGGAGAUACGACGGAGAGGAGGGGAUGGAUGAACUUUAUGAAUGAAAUGAAUGUUAUGACAGCAAUGACGAGGGCAUCAGGUUAAAUUCGGGAUGGGAAUGGGUAAAGGAUCGCAUCCAUGCUUCGGUAUAUGCACAAUUGGGAGGUUGCACAGCUGGCCAUGAUAUGAAGGAAGGGCAUAUCGGUAGGAGUUUUUGGUCUUUUUCCUCUAAUACAAGCGACACUUUUAAGUUAUGAACAUCAUCCUU